GAGUCUCGCUCGACUCGGACUGGCGUGCGACUCCCUUCUCCCAAUCCUCCAUCUCUUCUUUCUCCGCCCUCGCGGCCUAGGGCGGAAAGAGAAGGCACGCCGGUCCAAGUGGCUCCUGCGAAAGCGGGGACCUGCGAACUAAAUCGAUAAACCCAGUCGCUCCGUGACCAUCUCCGCCACAAGAAUAACAGGAGCCCUUCACCUCCCAUUCCCACUCCCGCCAGUACCAUCCCUCUUCCGCUUCGCCCGCCUCCCCCACCUCCUCAAAGGACUAGUUGGGUUUCCUGUCCAUGUUCUGCGCUUCCUGGGCUUCCACCUGUCUCCCAAGGCGCCAAGUGUUCGGCUGCUUUCCGGUCCUGCAGAAGGAGAAGUCUCAUUUGAAGCUGUUUGUGGGCUGCAACGUUUUCUUGGACAUGAGCGCAACCGAUAUCUUUACUUCUCAUCCUGUGUUUAGAAAGCAUCUAGGUGCACUAAAGACUCAGCCCCAAUGUCAUGGCAAAAUUGCACACGGACUUUCUUCAGUAAAGGAAAAAAGAGUGGGCUCUUUGUGGAAAUACCCUAUUCAAAUAGCAAGGAAGACAAAUUUCAAAGGAUGGUCUCUUGACAAGAAACAGGCGCCUCUUAUUAAAGCAGUUGCUACUGUUGAACCAAAAUACUUGGUUCCCACUGAGAAUGACAACAGAUAUGAUUCCAUGUUGAAAUUUUGUUCUAAUUCAGAUUCUCAACUGUUCCAAAUUUCAAAUGAUGAGUCUUCUGAAAUAGAUGAUAAAGAGAGACUGAGACGAAUGAAGAUUUCUAAAGCAAAUAAGGGGAAUGUUCCAUGGAACAAGGGAAGAAAACACAGUGCAGCAACACUUCAACGCAUUCGAGAGAGGACCAGAAUAGCAAUGCAGGAUCCCAAGGUCAAAAUGAAGUUAGUGAAUUUGGGACAUCGUCAGAGUGAGGAGACAAGGAUUAAAAUUGGGGCUGGUGUGAGGCAAGGUUGGCGGCGGCGACGUGAGAAGUUGAUGUUGCAGGAGAGCUGCUUCAUAGAGUGGCAGAAUAUGAUUGCAGAAGCAGCUAGGAAGGGUUAUGCUGGUGAAGAUGAGCUGCAGUGGGAUUCAUACAGAAUCUUGGACGAACAGCUGAAACAGGAGUGGCUGGAGAAUGUUGAGAAGAGAAAAAUGAUGCCUAGGCCGAAAGGGAGCAAGAGAGCACCUAAAUCACUUGAGCAGCGUAGAAAGAUAUCAGAGGCCAUUUUUGCAAAAUGGGCAGAUCCUGAAUAUCGUGAGCGAGUAUGCACUGCACUGGCUAAGUAUCAUGCUACAGCCAUUGGAGCUGAAAGAAAACGAAGGAGAAGACCAACUGGCAAAACCCCCUUGAAAAUGGAUUCUGUGGAAAAGAAACUCACACAAUCUAAAAGCAUUAGGAGUGAGGCAAAAAGUAUCCAGAAGACAAUUUCUAAGAGAAAGAGAACCCCUACUCCAUACAAAGACCCAAUGGCAGGAUCCAAGUUGGAGAUGAUAAAAAGAAUUAGAGCACGAAGGGUAGCUAUGGAAACAAAAAAGAGAAAAGCUGUGGAAAGGGCAAAGUUAUUAAUUGCUGAAGCAGAGAAGGCUGCAAAGGCUCUUGAGAUGGCUGCACUAAGGAGCCCUCUCGCACAAGCUUCGCUUAUGGAAACCAGGAAGCUGAUUGCUGAGGCAACACGUUCCAUGGAAAAAAUAGAGAAUGGACAAUUGACAUUGCAGGAUGUUGGAGAUGAUGCAUCUUUAAGUUCUGUUGGACCAAUAAACCAUUUGCAGAUUAAUCGAGAAACUCAAAGCAAUGACAAAUUCUUGGAUGAGCAACUUGUAAAUGGCACUCAUCUUCUUGCUUCAGGUGAAAGUAAUCACAAAGAUUUUGAUUUUCAAAAUUUCACUCUGCAGAAUGCACUGAACGGCAGGGAGCCCUUGACAGCAGAAAAGUGUACAGAGAAUUCCUCUGAUGCAACCUGUGGAUAUCUCUCAUCUCAGUCUAGAUGUGUGAGAAAAGAAUCGGAAACAAAUAAUUUGCAAGCGGAUCAAUUGACGGUAAAUGGAUCUGUCAGGUACGACGAUCCUGCAGCUAAUAGAGAAGAAUGGAGAACUUCAGAAUUAAAAGAAAGUGAGAGCUCCACAAAAUUUGUGACUAAAACUAAGAAGAAAUGGGUGCAUGGAAAGUUACUUGAAGUCGAAGAAGAUUAAGCGCGAGGUAAACCAUACGGUGGGAUGUACAUAGAAGUCUCGUCUUUAAACAAAAUCUUUCUCAUGUUCAGUAGUCUGUGGCCUCAAGGGUUGGUAAAGUGAAUGUAUGAUUAUGGUGUUAUAUAUUUUGUCAAGUUAUGAUCCCCAGUAUUCAGUUCCGGCCAAUACAAUAUUGCAGCGGGUUAAUUUCUUGGCUUAUGUUGCUAGUAUGACCAGGAAAGACUAGGAUUGCUGACAGGAGGGUAACUCACUAGAAACGAAAAUUUUAUUGUAUCUUUCCCUAUGUUCAAGGAUUGGUGCAAUGCAAUAUGCGUUUUUUAGAUGUAUGUGGGGGAUUCCAGUAUUAAAAAUAUAAAUCAAUUUGGAAGAAGGGAGAAUUUCUGUAUCAAUUAAUUUAGAGCUAUCAUCAUAAAGAGCUAAUGGAUUCCUUAGUAA